ACAAAUAGCCCCUGCCGCCCAAGUGGAGAGAGGCAAGGUGUGCGUAUUUUGCAUUUAGGUCCCUUGCCGCACUCUACAAGGCUGAAGGGGGUAAAUGCAAUUUUUGCUCUGCCAAAAAUGCAUUUUUCUAUUUUUUUUCAACUUGUCCGUCCCUCAAGUCACCCUGCCGCCCUCCCAGGGUCUACUUCUGUAAAUAUUUUUACCGGUACAAUAUUUCUGUAAAUAUUAAAAAAUAAAAAUUUAAAAAUGAAAAAAAAAUCCCCACAAGGCUACGACGUCAAGUAGUCAACACUGGCUGCUAUCGCCUAUCGGGGACCAUUAACGUGGAAGAAAGAAGGAAGUGAGCUCAUCGGUCAAUCCCCAUCAAAGCUGGGAGCUCAAGCUGCCUUGCUGGGACAGUGUCACAGUGAACACGAUGGGCGGCGAGGCGGCGCAGCUCACACCGGCCAGGAUCGACUUCUCCGGCGUGGACCCGGCGGCGCCGGGGACCGGGCGGUGGGCGGAGGUGCGCGCCGAGGUGAUGGGCGCGCUCACCACCCACGGCUGGUUCGACGCGCACUACCCGCAGCUCACGCCGGAGCUCCGCGCCGGCCUGUUCGACGCCGCCGUCCGGCCGCUCUUCGCGCUCCCCGUCGACGCCAAGCGCCGCAACUACCACGGCCCCGAGAAGCCCUUCCACGGCUACCUCGGCGGCCUCCCGGGCCUCGACUCCUACGAGAGCCUCGCCAUCGUUGACGGCCUCAAGCCCGAGAGCGUCCGCGCCUUCGCCGACCUCGUGUUGCCCCGCGGCGCCAACGACGACGACGGCUUCUGCGAGAUCGUCAAUGGCGCGGCGAAGCGCAUCGCGGAUCUGGAGGGGAUGGUGCGGCGGAUGAUCCUGGAAGGGCUCGGCGUGGCGGAGCACCACGAGGCGCAGGGCGAGUCCUUCUGGCACCUGUUCCGGAUGUCCGAGUACAGGGCGCCCAAUUCCGACGAGAAGGUGACCGAUAUGCAAUUUUCUCCCCAUCAGGACACCAACUGGCUCAGCAUCGUGUGCCAGAACGAGGUGAAUGGGAACGAGAUGCAGACCAGGGACGGCGAGUGGGUCCUCGUCGAGCCGUCGCCGACGUCGCUCAUCGUCAACGUCGGCAAUGCCCUCCGGGCAUGGACAAACGACCGUCUGCACGCGCCAUUUCAUCGGAUAAUGGUGAGCGGGCAUGCCACGAGGUACACCUGCAUGCUCUUCUCCUCCCCCAAUUUCAUGAUCCAGGUACCUAACGAGCUCGUCGACGAGUGCCACCCUCCCCGUUUCAAGACGCAUGACAACGACGAUUUCAUUCGCUUCUGCGUUUCUGAAGAAGGAGCUCGCCACGAGGAUAAACUCAAGGCCUUCUGUGGCUUAUAGCCUAUAGGCAACAUCAGAAUCUGCAGCUGGUUGAUCCCCAAUAAGGUGCACUAUCAAACAAAGUAACCCUGGACAUCUUGCACAGGCCAAAUAGGAUAUCGGUUUUGUGCUGCGUUUUGUACUUCGGGAAGAGUUCAUUACCGUGGCGUGCUGUAUGUGAACUUUGUUCGGCUAUACUUGUACUUCAUCGUCAGGUCAAACAAACACCUUGCUUCCCCAACCAUCUUGCAGCAUAGCAGCAGCCUUGUGAUGAACAUGACCACAGCAUUGUCUAUUUCGUCCAACACCUGGCUGGCAUGUCCAAUGAGGCCCAUCAUAUAUAGAAGUAUAGAUCGAUCAACUAGCUCUGGCUGCUGACAAAAACAACCCCAAGUCGCAGUACCUGAAAUAAAGGGGAGUUGGGAUUUUGUCCCCUUUUAUUACUCAUUUUGAUAUAUUUUUAUCUUUACAUUUUUUUCAAUAAACUUGUACUUGUGUGUCUUAUGACAUAAAGCCAGAUAUAUAAUCUAUUUUCAUUA